AUGGGAGGCUGUACGUUCGUUCAAGUCAUUGUCCUCAUGCUAGGAGUUUCAUGUGCCAUUGCAUCCCCUCCGGACGACAUUGAAAGUCCCUCGGUGGGACUGAUCAGUGAAGACGUCGUCACAGUCACGCCAGGCUUUGCGGAGAAAGGGAGGAGGAUAAGCCAUGCAUUCGGAGAGGUCGAGUGCUCGAUGAGCUAUUCCGCCUUGGGCGAGGUGGAGGAGCGGUGGAAGAUGUACAUCCGGCGGAGCUCACGGGAAUGGGUCUGCACGAUAGAGAGCCCCUCGGACUCGGAACUCAUGUUCACCUUCUACUCGGUGGUCCUGAAAUCACCCGAAAGUGACAUCCCACAUCUCAACGACGUGGAGGUCUGGGGAUUCAAUGGCGUCCUUGCUCCCGACGUCCAUUAUGUCGUUCACCAGGAUAUCGCCGUCCGGAAUGCAGCAGGAUGGAUGGAUAGGAUCUCACGGAUAACUGUAUCAAAGUUGCGCUGA